AUGGAGUUUCCCCACAACUACGAGGAAAUUCAUGACAUGAUGAAACCACACCUCAAGGGGGACAACUUUACAGCACAAAAAUCGAGAGAAAAGGAGAGAGAAAAAGGAAGAAGAAAGAGAAGGAGAGGAGAGGAGAGAAAAAGGAAGAAGAAAGAGAAGGAGAGGAGAGGAGAGAAAAAGGAAGAAGAAAGAGAAGGAGAGGAGAGGAGAGAAAAAGGAAGAAGAAAGAGAAGGAGAGGAGAGGAGAGAAAAAGGAAGAAGAAAGAGAAGGAGAGGAGAGGAGAGAAAAAGGAAGAAGAAAGAGAAGGAGAGGAGAGGAGAGAAAAAGGAAGAAGAAAGAGAAGGAGAGGAGAGGAGAGGAAAAGGAAGAAGAAAGAGAAGGAGAGGAGAGGAGAGAAAAAGGAAGAAGAAAGAGAAGGAGAGGAGAGGAGAGAAAAAGGAAGAAGAAAGAGAAGGAGAGGAGAGGAGAGAAAAAGGAAGAAGAAAGAGAAGGAGAGGAGAGGAGAGAAAAAGGAAGAAGAAAGAGAAGGAGAGGAGAGGAGAGAAAAAGGAAGAAGAAAGAGAAGGAGAGGAGAGGAGAGAAAAAGGAAGAAGAAAGAGAAGGAGAGGAGAGGAGAGAAAAAGGAAGAAGAAAGAGAAGGAGAGGAGAGGAGAGAAAAAGGAAGAAGAAAGAGAAGGAGAGGAGAGGAGAGAAAAAGGAAGAAGAAAGAGAAGGAGAGGAGAGGAGAGAAAAAGGAAGAAGAAAGAGAAGGAGAGGAGAGGAGAGAAAAAGGAAGAAGAAAGAGAAGGAGAGGAGAGGAGAGAAAAAGGAAGAAGAAAGAGAAGGAGAGGAGAGGAGAGAAAAAGGAAAAGAAAGAGAAGGAGAGGAGAGGAGAGAAAAAGGAAAAGAAAGAGAAGGAGGAGAAAAGAAAGAGAAGGAGGAGAAAAGAAAGAGAAGGAGGAGAAAAGAAAGAGAAGGAGGAGAAAAGAAAGAGAAGGAGGAGAAAAGAAAGAGAAGGAGGAGAAAAGAAAGAGAAGGAGGAGAAAAGAAAGAGAAGGAGGAGAAAAGAAAGAGAAGGAGGAGAAAAGAAAGAGAAGGAGGAGAAAAGAAAGAGAAGGAGGAGAAAAGAAAAAGAAGGAGGAGAAAAGAAAAAGAAGGAGGAGAAAAGAAAAAGAAGGAGGAGAAAAGAAAAAGAAGGAGGAGAAAAGAAAAAGAAGGAGGAGAAAAGAAAAAGAAGGAGGAGAAAAGAAAAAGAAGGAGGAGAAAAGAAAAAGAAGGAGGAGAAAAGAAAAAGAAGGAGGAGAAAAGAAAAAGAAGGAGGAGAAAAGAAAAAGAAGGAGGAGAAAAGAAAAAGAAGGAGGAGAAAAGAAAAAGAAGGAGGAGAAAAGAAAAAGAAGGAGGAGAAAAGAAAAAGAAGGAGGAGAAAAGAAAAAGAAGGAGGAGAAAAGAAAAAGAAGGAGGAGAAAAGAAAAAGAAGGAGGAGAAAAGAAAAAGAAGGAGGAGAAAAGAAAAAGAAGGAGGAGAAAAGAAAAAGAAGGAGGAGAAAAGAAAAAGAAGGAGGAGAAAAGAAAAAGAAGGAGGAGAAAAGAAAAAGAAGGAGGAGAAAAGAAAAAGAAGGAGGAGAAAAGAAAAAGAAGGAGGAGAAAAGAAAAAGAAGGAGGAGAAAAGAAAAAGAAGGAGGAGAAAAGAAAAAGAAGGAGGAGAAAAGAAAAAGAAGGAGGAGAAAAGAAAAAGAAGGAGGAGAAAAGAAAAAGAAGGAGGAGAAAAGAAAAAGAAGGAGGAGAAAAGAAAAAGAAGGAGGAGAAAAGAAAAAGAAGGAGGAGAAAAGAAAAAGAAGGAGGAGAAAAGAAAAAGAAGGAGGAGAAAAGAAAAAGAAGGAGGAGAAAAGAAAAAGAAGGAGGAGAAAAGAAAAAGAAGGAGGAGAAAAGAAAAAGAAGGAGGAGAAAAGAAAAAGAAGGAGGAGAAAAGAAAAAGAAGGAGGAGAAAAGAAAAAGAAGGAGGAGAAAAGAAAAAGAAGGAGGAGAAAAGAAAAGGACAGAAAAGUAAAGGACAGAAAAGUAAAGGACAGAAAAGUAAAGGACAGAAAAGUAAAGGACAGAAAAGUAAAGGACAGAAAAGUAAAGGACAGAAAAGAAAAGGACAGAAAAGAAAAGGACAGAAAAGAAAAGGACAGAAAAGAAAAGGACAGAAAAGAAAAGGACAGAAAAGAAAAGGACAGAAAAGAAAAGGACAGAAAAGAAAAGGACAGAAAAGAAAAGGACAGAAAAGAAAAGGACAGAAAAGAAAAGGACAGAAAAGAAGGACAGAAAAGAAGGACAGAAAAGAAGAAAAGAAGAAAUCUAUUGCGGAGGAAUCCCCCAUGA